ACGGCACACCUACUCCGUUGUUAUGUUUGCUGAACCAGCAGCAGAACGAAAGUCAACAAAAUGAAGUGUAAUUGAUGGAGAGUCAGAGCGUUGGAAACCUGUAUGUAAACACUCCAUAGAGCUUUAUACACCAAUACUGGAGGUGUCCUGUCUGAGCUUCCACUCAGUCCGCAGCUCCACAGGCUCAGGGAGACCGUCUGCUUCUGCUAAAGACACUGAUUAGGAAAGCCACACAGGUUGGAUUUUGCGAGACCAUCCAGAGGGAUGGAGGCCAUGAAUAAGAAACUAGGAGCAGUGAAGCUAUCUAAGGUCACUUUUCGAGCAACAAACAGAGAUGUCGAUCCUGCCACAGUAAAAGAGCCGACAGAUCCACAGCCCUCAAAAGGUAUCUCAAAUGUGAAAUCUUCCCAGAAUGAUGGGUCAACCAAACCGAAGGAUGUGAAGAAGUUGGCACCAACUAUCAGCCUAAGGGGUCUGCUGGCUGCUCGGCACUUCACAUUGACGCUAAAGAAUCGAGCAGCCUUGAGGAGAAAGUCCAGAUCCCGUACACCAAACCGCAAGCCAGUAACAAUCAUCAAUGAACAGGUCCCUGCCGGUUCUGCAAACCCUCCACAGAGAUUCCCCUAUGCACAAGUAAAAGAGCUAAUCCAGGAAUUUUUAACAGCAAGGCUAAGAAAUGUCACCUAUGACCCAGAUAAAUCUGGAGAUCUCACCAAGAACCUUUGUGAAGACAUAAAGAAAAUGGUGCGCCGGUACACUCCACCUCGCUACAAGCUCAUCUGUAAUAUGGCCAUUGGGAGUAAAAACCGAGAGGACAUUUUAAUGACCAGCCAAUGUCUGUGGGACUCGUAUUCGGAUAAUGUCACUUCUUGCAGCUACGAGAACUCCACUAUGUUCUGUGUGGUCACUGUGUAUGCCGUCUACUUUGAGUGAACAAACUUAAGCACUAUUGUAGGCUUUCUGGUCUCCAAUUUAAUAGGUCUGAGUAAUCUACUAUUUAUUAGAGUUAUCUGACCCAGUAAUAAAAACAAUAAUGGACCUAAUCAA